ACCAUGGCUCAGUCCCUGGAGGAGAUGAUAGAAGAGCUGACCUGCUCCAUCUGCCUGUCUCUCUUCUCUACCCCGGUCACCAUACCCUGUGGCCACAACUUUUGCUCGCAGUGCCUGGAGCUCUCCUGGAAGGAGUCCUAUACCUGUCCUCAGUGCAGGUUCUCCUUCUCCACCAAGCCGGAGUUGAGGAAGAACACUCUGCUAAGUAACCUGGUGAGCAUGGCACAGGCUGCCCAGGGGGACGAGGUCACCGGUGACCAAGAACAACAGGAGGAGAAAAGCAAUGAAGAACCCGAAGAGGAGGAGGAGGAGUUGGUCCGGGAGCAAACCGUCAUGUGUGACAGCUGCAGGAAGAACCCCGCUUCCAGAACCUGCCUGACCUGUAUGGCUUCCUUCUGCCAGGACCAUCUUCUGCCUCAUCUGGAGAAUCCAACCUUCAGCGACCACCAGCUCAGCCUGCCCCUCGGUGACCUGCAGCAGAGGAAAUGCAUGGAGCACAACAAGCUCAUGGACCACUACUGCUGGGAUCACGGCAAGUGCAUCUGCUGCUACUGUGCCCUGAACCACAAACCAUGCCAGACCUACACCCUGGAGGAGGGCAAGAAGAAGAAGGAGCUUUUGUACAUAAACCUUCUGCGAUCUUUGGACCAGAAGAUAGAACGAGCCGGCAACACGGCAGAAGACGUCUGUUAUGAGCAGCGCAAAGCAACGGAAAGCGUCAAGAAGAAGAAGGAAUUGUUGGAAGCCGAGUUUGAGGAAAUCAAGUCCCUGAUUGAGGAGGAGCAGAGGAACGCCCGGAGUAAGAUUGAGGAGGAGGAGAAGAAACUCAGCAACAAGUUUAACUUCACCCAUAACGUCCUGAGCAAGAAGAAGAAUGAGUUCGAGUCCAUGAGGAACAAAGUCCAAUCUCUUCUACAGGAGCAAGACGACCUUCAGUUCCUAAAGCGAGCCACCAAAUUGAAGGACGCGACUUCCAAAGAUCCCUACAAGCCGAAGAUUGACUUUGAUGAGAAGCUGCUGAACAGUAUGUACAAGAACGCGGCUUCCCUCCGAGACAUGAUCAAAUACAAGCUCACCCAUGGAGAGGAGACUCCAGAAAUGAAAUCAAAGAGGACACCAGAGCCGGAGCAAGAUAGGACACUGGCAUAUAUCGAAUGGAAGCUUCCUUUCACUAAAAAAACCAACGAGGACGGCCAUGAGAAGCCAAACAAGAAGAAUAAACAAGGCGGCACCCCAGCGUCUGACCCACAUCCACCUGAUGCCAAGCCGCGCAGAGCUCCGCGCUCCACCUCUGUCGCUCCACCGGACUCCAGGGAACAACUCCUGAAAUAUGCCGAGAGAUUGGCAGCGAAUUUUCAUACCGCACACAAGAAGGUGUUCAUAAGUGAGAGGUUCACCAAGAUGGGCGUCAGCGAGACCCCUCAAAACUACCCAGACAACCCACACAGGUUUGUCAGCUGCUCUCAGGUGUUGUGCCACCAGGCCUUUCGCGGCGGCAUUCACUACUGGGAGGUGGAGAAGGAGGGAGGCAACUUCAGCGGCUUUGGCGUGGCCUAUCAGAGCAUAGCUCGCUUCGGAACAGAGAGCCGCCUGGGCCGGAAUAAAGUCUCCUGGUGCAUUGAGUGGUGCAACGGCAAGCUGCAGGCCUGGCAUGAUGACAAGCAGACCGACCUCACCACCCCCAACGCCAGCAAAUACGGGGUGCUGCUGAACUGUGACGAUGGCUACGUUGCCUUCUUCUGCGUGGGGAAAAAGUGUAGCCAGAUUUAUAAAUUUAAUGCCCGCUUUACCGAACCCGUGUACCCCGCCUUCUGGAUGUUCUCCAGUAAAACCGUCCUGACCCUUUGCCAGUCCUAUGAGCCGUAGCCGGGGACGGGCAG